GUUCUGCCCUCCGCUGCCAAUUCUUUGCAAUUUUCGCAUUUGGGAGAGGGUUUUUUCUUUCUCACCGAGGGCUCCAAAAGUGACACGGACCGGCUAGAAACUGCCUCCCUCCUCAAGCUCAGUGUCAAGAAAAGAGUUGUGAACGAACGGACAGCACAGGGAUUUUGGAGACGAAUACAGUACGAGGCUGUUCUACAGUGAAGCCACGGCAGUUUCCUCCACCACACCUGUGAUGCUUGUUGUUCUGGGCAACGAAGACGCACGACCGGGAUGCAGAUGGCCCUAACGCGGCAGAAGACGUGCUGAAGAAAGACACACAAAAAAAAACCCACACUGUGGCGUUGAGGCAAAAAUAACAACCAAAAAAAAGAGAGUGGACACUUUCCGAAGCUGAAACCACGUUUCACAGCUUAACCUCCGUCCUUUUCAAACUUGAGUGAUUAAAAAGCCACGAAGAUGCCCUUACCUCUGGGCUCUUUUGUCCGCUGCAGGUCUGCGCUCCUCGCUCUCUGGCUCGGGCUCGCUGGCUUCACGUGUGCUGGCGGUUCAGAGCACGCUGCCACAGCAGCGCUCCCCGCUGCGUUCUCGGACCUGUUACCUCACUUCCUAGUGGAGCCAGAGGACGAGUACAUCGUCAAGAACAAGCCGGUUACUCUGACCUGCCGCUCAACGCCGGCCACUCAGAUCUACUUCAAGUGUAACGGCGAGUGGGUUCACCAAGAUGACCACACGAUUGAGCGGAGUGUUGAUCCAGCCACAGCUCUGCCAAUCAUGCAGGUGACAAUCGAAAUUACUCGACAGCAAGUGGAAAAGGUGUUCGGCCUGGAUGAAUACUGGUGUCAGUGUGUCGCCUGGAGCACCACCGGGACCCAGAAGAGCCAGAAAGCAUACAUCAGGAUCGCUUACCUGAGAAAGAACUUUGAGGAGGAGCCGCAGGGUAAAGAGGUGGCAUUGGAUCAGGAGGUGUUACUGCGCUGCCAUCCCCCCGAGGGAGUGCCACAAGCUGAGGUGGAGUGGCAGAGAAAUGAAGAUGUGGUCGACCCAGCGAGUGACCCCAAUUUUUUCAUCACCGCUGACCAUAAUCUUGUCAUCAAAAAGGCCCGCCUGGCAGACACAGGCAACUACACGUGCGUGGCCAAAAACAUCGUUGCUCGCCGCAGAAGCAACUCCGCCACGGUGCUUGUCUAUGUCAACGGCGGCUGGUCCACGUGGACCACCUGGUCGUCCUGCAGUGCUGUGUGUGGGCGUGGCUGGCAGAAGAGGAGCCGGAGCUGCACCAAUCCCACGCCACUGAAUGGAGGCACAUCCUGUGAGGGGCAGAACGUCCAGAAAAGUGCCUGUGUGGCCACCUGUCCAGUAGAUGGAGGCUGGAGCGAGUGGAGCAAGUGGUCGGCGUGCGGCGCGGACUGUUCGAUGUGGAGGAGCAGGGAGUGCACCCAGCCCUCGCCCGGCACCGGGGGCAAAGACUGCCAGGGGCUUGACCUCCAGUCUCUAAACUGUACCAGUGAGCAAUGCCCACAAACCGUGAGCGGAGCUGAGGAUGUGGCGCUCUACGUUGGCAUGGUGGCAGUGGCCCUGUGUCUGACUCUGCUGCUCAUCGUGGUCGUCCUGGUGUACCGGCGCAAGAAGGAAGGCCUGGACGCCGACGUGGCCGACUCCUCCAUCCUCACCACUGGCUUCCAGCCCAUGGGCAUCAAGCCCAGCAAGCCAGGUGUGUGGGCACCGCGGCCACGCAGGCCUCCCCACAGCAAGAAUUCCCAUUUGCUCACCAUCCAGCCUGAUCUGACUACUACCACCACCAGCUACCAAGGCACCCUGCGCUCUCGCCACGAUACCACUGGGAAGUUUUCAUUAACCAACGGGCCUCUGUUAGACCCGCUCCCCAACGGCUCACACACGCUGCACAACGGCAAGCUAAACUCAGACCCAGCUGAGUUUGUAAGCAGGCUGUCCACCCAGAGUUACUUCAAGACACUCCCCCGCGACAUCGCCAACACUUCCUAUGGGACCUUCAACUUCCUAGGUGGGAGACUGACAAUCCCCAACACAGGAAUCAGCCUGCUUAUUCCUCCCGAGGCCAUCCCCAGAGGAAAGAUCUAUGAGAUUUAUCUCACUGUUCAGAGGAAAGAAGAUUUAAGGUUACCCCUGGCCGGCUGCCAGGCCCUCCUGAGCCCCAUCGUGAGUUGUGGCCCUCCUGGGGUGGUCCUGAGCCGGCCAGUUAUCCUCAGCGUGGACCACUGCUUUGACGCAUGCCUCGAUAACUGGGCCGUUCGCCUCAAGAAGCAGAACUAUGAGGGCACUUGGGAGGACGUCCUGCUGAUGGGGGAAGAGCUGGUGUCGGAGCCUUAUUACUGCCAGCUCGAGGCCGAGACGUGCCGCCUGUUUUCGGAGCAGCUGGGAACGUUCGCCCUGGUUGGAGAGUCCUUGCACAUGGGCGCGGCCAAGCGCCUCAGGCUGGUGCUCUUCUCGGAUGCGUACUGCUCCACACUGGAAUACAACAUCAGAGUGUACUGCAUGGACGACACGCAGGACGUCUUCAAGGAGGUGAUGCAGAUGGAGCGGCAGCUCGGGGGCCGGCUGAUUGACGAGCCUCACGUCCUGCUUUUCAAAGACAGCUACCACAACCUGCGCCUGUCCAUCCAUGACAUGCCCCAGGCGCACUGGCGGAGCAAGCUGCUAGCCGGCUACCAGGAGAUCCCGUUCUACCACAUCUGGAACGGUUCCCAGCGGUACCUGCACUGCACGUUCACUCUGGAGCGGCUCAGCCUCAGCACCUGCGAGCUCACCUGCCAGCUGUGUGUGUGGCAGGUGGAGGGGGAGGGGCAGAGCUUUGGCCUCGACUUCAACAUCGCCAAGGACACGCGGGCGGUGGACUCUGAGUUCCUGUUAAUGGACAGCAACGCCACAGCUCUGGCAGGGCCCAGCGCCUUCCAGAUCCCGUACCUCAUCAGGCAGAAGAUCUGCAGCAGCCUGGAUGCGCCCUGCCCCAACGGAGCUGACUGGAGAAUGCUAGCACAAAGACUUAAGCUUGAGAGACACAUGAGUUUCUUUGCAUCCAAAGCGAGCCCAACCUCUAUGAUCUUGGACCUGUGGGAGGCGCAACAUUUCCACAGCGGCAACAUCAACCAGCUGGCCACAGUCAUGGCUGACAUCGGCAAACAGGAAGCCAUGAUUUUCCUGGUCUCCGACGGCGAGUGCUAACCCAGAAAAGGGAGAGACUGGUGGAGAGGAGGAGUAGAGAGCACGACCAACAGAAACAGCAGCAGGAGUCGCACGGCGGCGUCCCUCUCCAUCACCUUGGAAGAUAGUUCAAGGUUUAUCUGGGACUCGGUUCCCUUUAUUCCAUCUGAGUAAAAAUCUCUAAAAGACAGCCCCAAUUCAGAAGAACAGUUUUGAGUAUGCGUGUGUGUGGAAAUGUAAGUCUUGAUUUUCCACUGUAACAUCAAAUUAACCUCACACCUUUUGUUGAGCAGGUCUCUUGUGGCUACGAAGGAGCAAUAUGCGAACGUGACGCUGUAACUAGUGGUCGAUAUUGCAAAUUCAUCAAACCAUUUUUUUGAAGUUGGAUUUCAAAAAAAGAAACCGCAUUAACACUUUGCAUAUUUAACACGAGGUGCCAGUCAUUUCAGGUGAAAGGAAAAAAAUACGUAAAUAAAAGGCGACAUAUGCAAUCGGCAGGUUCGUUAACACUAUACCUUCUCAAACCUGUGACACGUUCGUCCCCCGUGUCAGUGAUCUGUUCAUCACACAGACGGCUUGUAGCACAUCCUGUACGUGCAGGUUUAAAACAGAUUGUAUGCGAGACCCCCAGGUACCCGUCUCUGUGCGCGUGUGCUUUGUAGUCCAGUCGGUAUCAUUACUGUGAAUGUAACAUCUUGAUUCAGUGAGCCACUUCGCAGUUUUCUCUUCUUUUAAAUCAAUAUCUGUGAUGUCUGGGCUCUGAAGCUUUUCUUUUUAAGUGAGCUGAAUAACACUAUACCUUCACGAAAGUCGGAUUUCUGAAUCUAUUUCUGUGUAAAAGCCUCUGAUUUUGAUCCGUCAGCUUAAUUUCCUAUGUUACUGUGUAAUACCCCCAAUUGUUAAUGGUGGCGGGUUUUUUUCUUCUGUUUUUUUAAGGUUUCACAGCUAAUGAAGGAGCCAUAGUGCCGAAAGGCAUUCUAGCUGCAUACAUGUGAAUGCUGAAUGUCUUCAAAACUCACUUCUAAAAUGGCAUUUUCCCCUUAAUUACAUUUAUUCUCCCGUAUAGGAACAUGGCCAAAAGGGUUAUACCAUUUGAAUAAUGUAAAGCACUUUGCCACUGAAAUUAUGACAACAAAUCCUUCAAAAUGUUCACAACAUUAGUCAUGUUGAAAGUACAAUAGUGCAGCUUUUUUUAAUUGUUAUUGUUUUUUAUAUUGUUCAUGAAGCAAUGUUGGUGGGAAUUCAUUGUUUGCUUUGUGGCAAAGCAGUAUUUCCACAUAUGAGAGGAGGCCGUCUCAGAUAAAGCUGAAAGUGGCUUAUUCCUAAAGUCACUCCUCUGCUCACUGAUAUUUAUUUAUUUUUUGAAUUUCUGACCCAAGACAGCAAAAUUUGUCCAACAGAUUCAGGCUACAUCCAGAAGCUGCAACUACACACUUGCUCAUCUAUUUUUUUUUUUACAGCAUAACAUUAAUUUACACUGUAACUUCUUAGUAAUGGAUCUGUCAAAUCGGGCAACAUAAAGUUUGAUUAAAGUCCACAGAUUCAAGCAGUGUACUCUGUAAAGGUGAGCAAUCCCAAACUAGCCAUAGUUCUGCGUCUGCCUCAGGGUUGCAUGUCAAAGUUGUCUGUUUAAAGUUGUAAAGAAAGCCCUUUUCAUUGAAUUAGCUCUUAUUUCAACAGCCGAGAGAGUCCGUCCUACCGUCCACAGUGAUUUUAACCUUUUAGAUUAAGUGGAGCCUCAUUUAUGAUUGUCAGAUAUCUGGAAUGUACUUUUUAGUUUCCUUUUCCUUCUUUUUAACAUUGAUGGUCUUUUAACACAGCAUCUCCGCUCCUGUUAAAGCCAUCCUCCAUCCCAUCAAACACACCUCUCCUUCACAAUUUAUACAGAUGCCAUUAAAUAAAUUGUCAUCUUUUUUAGAAACUCACAGAUUGUUCCCUGGACCGAUGAAACGAUGAUUCCCCCGAAUCAUCACCACAUAUAAUAUGUAAAUACUUUUUCUAUACCAGCCAUGUGCUGUCACUUUGCAUACUGUAUAUCAGCAGAAUUGGUAACCAAAGUUUUAUGAACAUCAUUCGAGUCCACUGCAUCUUCGUGUCGUAUCCAUGGAAACAUAGUUGCAGCACCGUUUUUAGCGUAGGAUAAGUCAGAGUUGUUUUUUGUCUAAAUCGCGGACUUGAGGUCUAAUUCAUGAGUUCAUCUAAUUUCCUUGCUUUCGUCGUUUCGCGAGUUAAUGCCGUUUGUUUAAGCAGUGAUAUGUCAGUUUAUUUUCUCACUUUGUAAACAAAUGUAAAUUAUAUUUUAAUAUGAAGCCAAAAAAAGAAAAAAAGACACUUAACUGGCGCAGCAUUUGUCAAGUCUAAACCGUGACGUGUUUGCCUAUAUACUGUUCUUUGGCGAUCUAGCAGUGAUUUGCAGUGUUAAGGGUUUAGAGGCUGUUUUAACUGGACGUUUCUCUACGCGUUUUCUUUUGUCCUUACUCUGCAUACAUCUGCCAGAUCAUUUCUAUAACUGUAAGCAUUUAAAUACAAGAAGGAAGCGGUCACUGAUGCUUCGUGAAUCACUGCGCUGGGACUGUGUGAAGGCUAAUCAGAGGAGCAGGACAUCAGUUCUUGGACACUGACAAGCCAGUGUUGACACAGCAUGUUUAGAUGAGCCAUGGCAGUUGUACAGUCAGACUCUGUGAGGAAUUUUAUCACCCUUGUCAUCGUCUCGGAUGUGUUGCCUAAGCACAUUUCAGUAAUGUAAUUCACCAGCCGCCAGGAUCCUCACCAUCCAUCUUCACAUCUAACUCACCCAACAGAUCUGCAAUUACUGUGUAUGUGUGUGUGUGUGUGUGUAUGUGAUGAAUACAGUUUUGUUCAUGAAGUCUGGGCCCGAUGGUUCAGUGCGAGACUCAUGUCAGUAAGACACAUGCUUUUAUAUUGUGAGUUCACCCCUGUGUUCUGAGGAAAAAAGAAAAACGUUUCAUCUCAGCACUCUUUCUGUCACUCAUUACUAUUCAGUGUCAGGAUGUGCGCGUAUUUGAGCGUGUGUGCGUGUGUGUGUGUGUGUGUGUGUGUGUGUGUGUGUGUGUGUACAAUUCUCUGUCAGACUGAACUGUUUUCUUUUUGAACUAAGAACAAUAGACUUCUGUACUUGUGAAUGGUUUUCUAUUUAGUUCCUUGGUUCAAUGUUCCUUGCCUUUCUGCAAGUCAAAAAUGCUGUAUUUAUUACAUGCCACAGCGCUUAUGCAAUUGUAUAACCAUUCUGUUGUUUUCUGUUUUUUUAACCUUUUAUGUUCUUUAUUGUCAAUGUAAAUUGUUGUCAAAACUUUUGUGGAAAUGGAAAAACUUCUGCUAAGGGAGAUUUUCUGUACUUUUUGGACAAUGAUAUGGAUUUGUGGGUAGAAUUUUGGAAAUUCGUUUCUAAGUGCUUUCAAGUAUUUACUUGGCCUUAUGUAUAUAUAUCUAUCUAUGACAU